AUGCCUGGUUUCACGACAGAUCUUCCCAUAUUAGGCCAUGAAGCGGGAGUGACGAUUAAGACGAAGAAUCACGUCGCAGAGAGUACGACGGAUAAACGCUCAUCGGCGACGGUACCGUCUCUAUCUGAGCCUAAAUCGAGAAAUACCAAACGGUUUAUAUCGGGAGAUAAGGCAACAAAUGACGCGAAUCGGAGACAACAUAUGUGUCAGAAACUCGUUAGCAAGGUAGUCAAGACUGAUAGUGAAUGGCAGAGAAGCUUGGUUCUCAGCGCAGUAGUGGACGCCGACAAUUAUAUCUACUACGUCCCUAUGUAUGUACUGUACGCACUGGAAGCCUAUCCAAGCUAUUUCGUAGCUAUAUACGUCAACGGCAGAAUAUCGGAAAGGUUAUGGAGGCUCAUGAAGCAAUUGCCCAAUCAGCGAUGGUGUAUGGAGGAAAACCAUGAGCGAGGCACGCGGUUAAAGUCAGUGCCAUCUCUGAGUCGAUUCCUUUUGGCCGACGAUUUCAUCAAACAAUUCAGGUAUGCGUAUUUUGGAGAUAUAGAUAUUGCUAUUCUGCCGCCUAACAAAGAUGAACCUAGUCUAUUGGAUGGUCAUCUUGACCAUAUGAAAGAAAUGAGCCUGCCGUACAGCAAUGUGAGACGACAAGUAAAUAAGCCACUGUGCAAGAAAGAUGAAAGCAAGUGGCGAAAGCACAGGGUGGCGUGUAAUCGCAUUACGGGGCUUCACUUCAUAGAAACAGGCCCCUGGUUCAAGGCGACGGGGGCUACGAUUAAAGAAUAUCGGGGAACAAUCAAGAAGAUCGGUUCAGCAGACUUUUGUGGUAAGGUGAUGAGAGUGGAGGAUCCAUUCUACUGUGAUGAAGCGAUGCUAUAUACCCUGAUAGAGAAGGGUGGCUUGAGCCUCCCCACGAGCCACUUCAGGCCUAAACAUGGUCUCCACGUCCACAAGUACGCGAACCCUUGGUACGUGUCCAAGAACGAGGUCAAUCAGAAAGAGGUGCAGCAGUUUUUGGACGUCGCCGCUAAGCAUGAACAACUUAUGACUAAUUUGCAGAUAUUGGGUUCUGGCUCGUAUAUGAGCACAUUUAUCUCCAGGAUAAUCGAACGAGAGGGGUCCAACCGACCGGAUUUCUUGACAAAAAAAGCUAAGCACGAAGAGGAGGCGGCUGCAGAAUACCAGCAGACACGAACGAACAAGUGAUAACACUAUGUAUUCCAAGGUCUGGC